AUGGAUACGAUAGAAGAAAAUAAGCUGCCAGAAAAUGUAAAUUUUCCACUGCGGUCAGUCGAGGACAUGGACAAUUUGGAGGAGGUGCUUGGAGACUCGCAAGUGGCGGCUUCAUUGUGGACUCUACAUGAGAAAAAAUAUUGUAUGAAAGAACAAAUUCUGUUUCAUCAUGGAGAUGGAGGGGGCGUAUCGGAGACAAGAGUUGUAGCGGAUGAUGGGGACACAGCUGGGAAAUGCGAUGUAGCUGGUGAUGGGGACAUAGCAAGAACUGACGAUGUAGCUGGUGUUUGGGACGUAGCUGGUACUGAUUAUAAGGCAGGUGAUGGUGACACAGCUGGGACCUGUGAUGUAGCUGGUUAUGGGGACGUAGCUGGAACUGACAAUGUAGAUGGUGAUGGGGACACAGCUGGGACUUGUGAUGUAGCUGGUGAUGGGGACGUAGCUGGAACUGACAAUGUAGAUGGUGAUGGGGACACAGCUGAGACCUGUGAUGUUGCUGGUAAUGGGGACGUAGCUAGGCCUGGUGAUGAUGCUGGUGGCGGGGACAGGGAUGGUGAUAUGGCUUGGAAUGAUCAACUUUGGGGUUCAGUUAGGGUUAUACCUGUAGAGCAAGGCAUGCCUGUUGCUGCUUUUCCAAUGUGUUCCACAGUGUUGGCAAUAGGAAGAUUCGGUGGCCUUUGACAAAGGAGAUAUUGAUGAUCAAGGUCUCUUUGAAAUUGAGGAAGAGGAUUCCUUAGAUGAUGAAUUAAACAGUUCUGUAGGUUCCAGUGCAGUGUUAACACAAACUUAUGGAACGCCAGAAAAGAAAAUGGUUGACGAUGUUGAGCAGUCUCCAGUUAUUUCAUCAACAGUAGGGUCAAGAAAAAGGAAAGUGUCUGAAAGCCGGCCUACAAGGACAAAAAGAUCGUUGCUUGCAGUUUCAUACAGACAGCCAGAUACAGAUGAGGAGAUGGAUGAUACUGAUGGGGAUCCAGACUUCAGAACAGAGCCUGAAACAGAAACAGAUACUGAUGCAGAUGUAGAACAGCCACCACCAGAGAAAAGGAAAAGGAGGUGGACAGAUGAAGAAAAACAGUUGUUCAGAUGCUUUUUCAAAACGUACAUUCAUGAUAAAAUUAUGCCUCCUGGGAAAGUAAUUCAGACGGCCACAAAACAACUUAAAUGCAGAAGUGUGUUUCAAAUCCGAACAAGAAUUCAUAACAUUAUUUCAGGAAAGCAGGCCUUUGAUUGAAAGUUACAGAUGUUUUGGGAUGGACUUUUUGAACGUUUACUUGUUUGAUGAAACCUAGCUUUUUACCUAGGGAGUUCUAUAUCUAUAGACCGUUCAGGUGAACAGGUGAAACUACUGAAAUGAUAGGAAUUCCUAUACAAUACACAUUUUGACACAAUGUUCUUGAGACUUUAUCAUAUUGUUUGUGUUAUUUUGAAAUCCAUAAUGCAGAGUAAUUUUUCAUCCAACAUGCAUGUUAAUUGGUCAAUUUGUAAUGUAGUUUUGAAAAUUUGAUAUUAUUUGCUUAAGAAAUAGCAAGUACAUUACUGUCAUUUAUCGAGGAAUUUAUAGUGGUUUGAAGUUCAGAUGUGUAGGAAUUUAAAACAUAAUGCCCUCGUGGUUUUAAUAACAAGCAUCUGAACAACAAAAGGCUAUGAAUUCUGCAAAAAUAACGGUUAGGUAUUUAUGAAUUUGCUUCUUUUAAGUGAAAAAUGAUUCGCACAUAUUAUAAAGUCAAAGGAACUAGUUGUCUAUACCAUGUGAAAAACAAGCAGUUACUUUCUAGGUUGCUUUGCCUGAUGUCAUUAUGCACUAUUUCUAGUUACGGUUGUAUAUCGUUGCAUUUAUCAUGCUCGUUUUUUCUUUUUUGUGUAAGUCAUGUUGAGCUAUGUUAGAAUUAAUUACAUGUAUCUUAUAUAACUUUGUUUUAAUCAACAAAACUUUAAUGACACUGUUAUCUAACUUUUAAAAUUUAUCUCUUUAUAUUCAAGUUGUGUAAUGGAAGUAACCUGUAGGACAAAAUUCUUAAGACAUUAUGAAUUUGACAUUUGGAGAAAUUUGACCUGAGAACGAUCCAACAACGAUCCAACAUAGCAAAACUGGUUAUGUAAAAUUGAUUAAAAUUAAUUAUGGAAGACUGAAAAUCGUAGGGAUGAUACACGGGUCGGCUCAGGUUUCUACAAUGCCGUAAUCUAUUGUAUUGUAUAGCAGUAGCAAAUAAAAGCAUGAUUGUUUUGAAAUGCAGUCAGAACAAUUGUUUACAUUUUUGGCACACCUGUCACAAAGUGACAAGGUGAGCUAUUUUGACAGCGUUUUGUCCGUCUUGUGUCAUCUGUCAAAAAUUUCUAAAAACAUCUUCUUGAAAACCACUGGACAUCAUUACAUUAAACUUCACAGGAAUUAUCCUUGGAUGGUCCUCUUUCAAUUUUUUUUCAAAGAAUUAAAUUUGGCCCCUUUUUUGGGCCACCAGAGAAACCUUUAAACUAUUUUUUCUCAUGAACCGCUUUAUGGAUUUUCACCAAAUUUGGCCCGAAGCAUCCUUGCAAGGACCUCUGUCAGUUAAAGAAUUUUGUUUGGCCCCUUUUAGGGGCCCUCAGAGCUGAAAAUAGAAAUAAGGUUUGAAACGACUUCUUCUCAUGAACCAUUUGAUGGAUCUUCACCAAUUUUGUUCUGAAGCAUUAUUUCAAGGUCUUCUCUCAUGUUGUUGAAUUUUGUUUGGCUCCUUUUAGGGGCGGCUAGAGCAAAAAAGAAAAAGAAAAACCUUUAAACGACUAGUACUCCUUAACUACACGAUGGAUCUUCACCAAAUUUGGCUUAAAGCAUGCUUUUAAAAGGCCACUCUCUAUUUUCUUCAAAGAAUUUGUUUGGCCCCCUUUAGGGGCUACAAAAUUUUUUUAAAACACUUCUCCUGGACCACUUGAUGGAUCUUCACCAAAUUUGGUCUGAACAAUCCUAAGGCUUGUGUAAUCACUUUUCAUCUGUCUUGCCCCUGUGUGUGCAUCUGUAAACAAUUUCUUUAAACUACUCGCGAACAUCUGAUUUAAUUUAGUUGAAACUUCACAGAAAUGAUCCUUGGAUGGUCCUCUUUCAAGCUUUUUAAAGUAGACUUGUUUGGCCGCUUUAAGGGGCCACCAGAGCUAAAAAAGAAAAUUCUUCAAACGAUGUCUUCUCAUGAAUUGAUUAAUUGAUUUUCACCAAAUUUGGUCUGAAGCAUCCUUUCAUGGUCCUUUACCAAAUUUGUUCAAAAGAUUUUGUUUAGCCCCUUUGAGGGGCUGCUAGGCUAUAAAUAGAAUAACCUUCAAAGGACUUUUUCUUUUAAACUGUUGAUUGAACUUUGUUUGGCCGAAUUUUGUUUGGCCCAUUAUAGGGGCCACCAAAGUUGAAAAUAGAAAACUCAUCAAACCACUUCUUUUCAUGAACCACUUGAUGAAUCUUCACCAAAUUUGGCCUGAAGCAUACUUGCAUUGGUCUCUCAAGUUUGUUCAAAGAAUUUUGUUCAAAGAAUGUUGAAUGAAUUUUGAUGAAACUUCACAGGAAUGAUUUUUGUAUGAUCCUCUUUCAAGUUUGUUUAAAUGAAUUUGUUUGCCCCCCCCCCCCCCCACACCCACUUUGGGACCACCAGAGCUAAAAAUAGACAAACCUUCAAACAACUUCUUCACAUGAACCAAUUGAUGGAUCUUCACAAAGUUUGGCCUGAAGCAUCCUUGCAUGGACCUCCUAAAUUAUUUUCCAAAGAAUUUAGCUUUUCUCCUUUCAGGGGCUGUAACUCAGGUGACCAGUUCAGGGCCAUCUAGGCCCUCUUGUAUAUCUUAAAAUUAAUGUUUUUUUCUCAAGAUCUCAUAAUUCACCUUUUUACAUUGCUUGACAGGGGUCCCAAUGGUUAACUAUACUAUUGUAACAAAUUCUGGAUCUGCCUAGAUUCCAGUUUGGUCUACAACAUAUACGUAUACAUAUAUAUAUGGGCAGAUUUCUCAUGUGUGAAUGGUUAUGGUGACUUACUGCAUUUUUAGGUAUACCUUUCGAAAAAAAGGAAAGCUUUUACUGUCUCUUUUUUGUUGGCAUUGCUGUUGGUUAAAGAUUUUGAUAAAGUCAGUUAUGUCUGUUAUUAUCAAACGUAUUGACUUGAAACUUAAAAUUAUAUUAUUAUCAAAGUCGGCAUCAGUAGAAACAAUCGCCAUAAAUCUGAUUUGCAGUUUGACAGAAUUAUGCCCCUUUUAACUUAGAAAUUUUAGGUUAAAGUUUUUAUUAUGUCAGAUAUUCCUGUUAUUAUCAAUGCUACUGGCUUGAAACUUAAAAUAGUUACUAUGUCUUCAUAAUAGAAACAAUCCCCAUAACUUGAAAUAGUUAUUUACCAUCAAAGUUCUCAUCAACAAAAACAAUCUCCAUAACUCUGAUUUGCAUAUUGACAGAAUUAUGUCCCAUGAACUUAGGAAUAUUUUUAGAUGAAGUCAUAUAUCUCUGUUACUGUCAAAGCAAUUGAUUUGAAAUUCACAGUAGUUGUAUACUAUCAGAGUCUACAUCAAUAAAUACAAUUCCCAUGUCUCUGUUUGAAUGUUGACAAAUGAUGCCCCUUUCAACACUUAGUUAAAAGUAUAUAAACAUUUUACUGUUAUUCAUAAUUCAGCACUGAGAAAAGUCUGUUGACAUGUCUAUGGACAGCUCUUCUUAGAUCUAUAUGUCAAGUGACAUUGAAUACACAUUGUCAAGUAUUUUUAAUUUUUUAAAAGUAUUUUUGCUAUCUGUGGGUAUUUCUGUGACCAGUACAUAUUCCUGCAUUUGAAAAAAUGCAGUUAUUUUUAUCUACCUAAUUUCACUUUUCUCAAGGUUUGAAACCCUAUAUAUGUGCAUUGGGAAAGUGAUAAUUGGCUGAGCUGUAUAGAUGACAUUUAGUUUUAGUUCAAAUAUUGGUCAUCCAGGGUUCAAAAACUAGGUCAAUGGGUCAAGUAUUAAAACCCUUUUCACGUAUAUCUAGUUCAUAGAUGUGAAAAAGUCUUUCUACUGUGGUUCACUGUCACCUUUGCUGCAUUUUCUAUUUGGGUUAACACUGGUGAGAGAUCUUGGACCAUCUUGGUCCCCAGGUUAAAGCAUAUUCUUUGAUAUAUGGUAGUAGGUCACAUGACUAGAAACUUUAUGAUGUAAGGACACAUGUAUUUACCAGCCCUGUUUUAAAGAACUGAAAUUAUGAUUGGAGUGUUACAAAUCUAAUAAUAUUAUCUUAUUGCAUGAAGUAAGACCAGACUAAUUAACUACAGUACUUUGGAAUAUAGUUCUCUGAAGAAAAUUUAGUGUGUCAACUUUAACGUUGUAUGAGCAUUCAUUCAAAAGAUUAUGUAAGUAAAAACAUUAAAUAUGUAAUGGUCAACUUUUCUGUUAACACUCGAAAUUGUAUGUUUCCUACAUUUAUUAUGUAAUGGCAAACUAACAUCAUGAGCCUUAUACUAAAGUUAAACGAGUGUUUUCUUUCUUUAACAAAAUGUUUAUAAAUAUUUUUCUAACAUGAUCCCAAAAUCUAAUUACAAGGUACAUUGUUUAAAUCUUGUAACAAAACAUUUUUGUAGAGCUUCCUUUCGGAAAUAAAGUGUUGUUCCACCA